GAACACAAAAAAAAAUCAGCAACAUAUCAAUCAACUUCUUUUGAAAGUCUAGAUCAUGGAGAUGGAGAGAGUUGGACGACUUAAGCCGCUUCAGCGCCUAGCUGAGUCAAUUCAAUGUCUCUUAGGAAUAAAGAAACAUUUAAACUCCAAUUGGGUUGACUCGGUUCAGAAUAUAAUCAAGAGCCUACCACCAUCUGAAGGACCAACAGUAGAAGAUUGGGAUAAUAGAGAUCUUGACACCUCGAGAAUUGAAGAUGAACUGGCGAUUUUGAUUGCAUACAUUUAUGAGUUGAAUGUUCAGAGAAGGCGGAUCCUGAAUGAUUUUCUUGACUUGAAAGGGAACAUCCGUGUAUUUUGUCGUGUAAGACCCAUUAGGAUUGGUGAAAACUUCAUCCAUUUCAGACCUGUUGCAGUUUUGGAUUCAAAUACUUUUGUGCUGAAAUUUUCUGGAAAAAAACACAAUAUCUACAAAUUUGACAAAGUUUUUGAACCUGGUUCAUCACAAGAAGAAGUUUUCUCAGAAGUUGAGCCAGUUAUUAAAUCAGCACUAGACGGCUACAAUGCAUGCAUAUUUGCAUACGGGCAAACUGGCACUGGAAAAACCUUCACAAUGGAAGGAACUCCAGAUUGUCAAGGGUUAAUACCCCGGGCAAUUGAAGCAUUCUUUAAGCAAGCAGCAGAUAGUAAUCAUACAUUUCUCUUCAAAUUCAGCAUGCUCGAGAUUUACUUGGGAAAUCUAAAAGACUUGCUUAUUUCACAGGCAACAAAGAUGACGGAUCCUAUACCACCCUGCCUAAUCAUCCGUACAGAUCCUAAAGGAGGGAUAGAGAUUGAGAACCUUGUCAAGGUGCAAGUGAAUGAUCUCAAUCAAGCAAUGAGGCUGUACAGAUAUGGGUGCAACUUUAGAUCAACUGCUUCUACAAACUCAAAUAGAUCAUCAAGUAGAUCACACUGCAUGAUUCGCCUGUCAAUGAGUUGUUCAAGUGCUCCUGAGAGGAGAAGAGAAACAAACAAAAUAUGGAUGGUUGACCUUGGAGGAAGUGAACGCAUUGUGAAGACAAAUGCAUGGGGUAGAAGACUUGAAGAAGGAAAAGCAAUAAAUCUAUCACUUUCUGCUCUAGGGGAUGUCAUUGCAGCUCUACAAAGAAAGAAGGGACAUAUACCUUACAGGAAUAGCAAGCUUACACAAGUCCUUAAAGAUUCACUGGGCGAAGAUUCAAAGAUGUUGAUGCUUGUUCAUGUCAGUUCCAGAGAAGAAGAUCUAUGUGAGACGAUAUGUUCCUUAAAUUUUGCAACUCGUGUAAGCAACAUUCACUUAGGCAAGAAGGAAGAAUCAACAGAAGCAAAAGCAGAAAAAGAGGUUCAAAUUGCAAACCUGCAGCAGGAAAUGAAAUGGAUUGAGGACAAGUGCAAACAAAUUAACAGAGAAAUAAAAAGUCUUAACAACAAACUAGACAAUCUUACAGGAGCAACACCAUCAUCUUAUGAAGCAAUCGCCGGUUCCCAUCAGUUUGAAGAACAGCAACCAACAGCAGAUGAUACGAAAACACCGCCAACUUAUAUAGCUAACUUACCAAGAUUUAUGAGGUCCACCGUUUGCAGUAGAAGAAGAAAAUCCGAAGUGAAUCACCAAGCCACUGAUCUUGCACCUACAAGGAAGAAAAAGUCAGCAUUGCGGCUUACAGAAUCAGUCUCUUUACCAAUUAACAAAACCGAAGAUUGCAAAUCCACGAGCAGUGCUUCAAGAAUUAGCUUAUGGACAGAUUCGAAAACAAAGUUUGUGGCAGACAACGAAACAGAGUGCAGCCAAGAGAAAUCUGAAACUGAUACUAUGAUUAGUGAAUUUGAGAUUAGGCCACAUCUACAGAAGAAGAUGGAAAAUGUUCAUUCUAAUUAUAGGCACAGGAAUAAGAGAGUCAUGGCAAUCCCUAUCCAAUGCAAAACGGUGAGUAAGAUCGAUCAUGAGGAAGCAAAUGAGAAGUUCAGCAUUCAUCCAGCAAGUGAAAUUACAGAAAAUUUGUCAACGAGCGAAUGCAACAGCUACAUAACUUCACUAGAUACAAUGAACUGUCUAUCAAGCGAUCAAAAUGAUGAUAAUGGAGUUCUAGUAAAAGAGAUGGAAUGCGGAACGAUAUCUCGCGAAGUUUUCAAAGAGGAUUUAGUGAGGAAUGCAGAAGAUACUGAUGAUGAAGUUGGAAAACUUACUUACGAUUCAAUAUCAGAAGCAUCUACAGGCUUGUUUAGUAUCAUUAACGAAAAAAUCAUGAUUUUGAAUGCCAGUUUGCUUCUGGGAUUAGGGUUCCAAGACUUGGGGUUUGAUGAUGAUUUCUUUCGUGCAUUAGUGCAUUGA